GGUUUCAGUUAGUUUCAGUUCGAUUUUUUUAAACAGCAGGCGCGAGGCAGGUUUCUCGCAAUUUUUGGAAAACCGAUUCAGUUUUAGUUAGUUUGUAACCGUCGAUCUCAACGUUUGUGCCCCAUUUUCCUUUGGUAUUAAUAAUUCAAUCAAAAUGGUUAUCUGCUUCACCUGCAAUAAAAGAAUCGAAGGACAGGUUUUGACAGCUUUAGAUAAAACCUACCACCCCGAACAUUUCGUUUGCGAGAAAUGUAAAAAACCAAUUUGCGACAAUAAAUUUCGAACGCACGAUGGGCGAGCUUACUGUGAAGACGACUACAAUCGGUUAUUUGUGGCUCAUUGCAGCGGAUGUGGAGAAACGAUCAAUGGGAAAUUCAUUUCCGCUUUGGGAAGAGAUUGGCAUGAGGAACACUUUUUGUGUAACUGGUGCAAAACGAAAUUGAUCGGACAAACUUUCAUGGAGCACUCCGGCCAGCCGAUUUGCCAAAAGUGCUUCAAAGACAACGUCGCCAACAAGUGUAAGAAGUGUGGACAGGGCAUUACAGAGCGUACAAUAAUCGCCCUCGAUGCUAAUUGGCACCCAGAGUGUUUCGUGUGCAAACAAUGUAGGAACCCAAUCACCGAGAAAUCAUUCCAAGUUGUCGAUGGUCUCCCAAAGUGCGGGAAGUGUACCUAAAAAAUUUUAACUGUCUUCGCAUCGCUAACACUAAAUAAUAAACACAAAAGAAUAAUAGAAACACACCAAACCUACAAAAAAAAGAAUUAAAAUGAAAAAAAAUACUAAUAAUUAAAUUUGUAGGGAGCUUUCAUUGUUGUUGUUAAUGUUAUUGUUGCCUAAAAGUGAUUUUUUUUUAAGAAAAAAAAUCUAAACAAUGUAGUUAAAAUUAUUUUACCACCUAAAAGCUUCGAUUUAUUUCUAUAAUCCUUUUCAUAAAAAUAAAUGGAAAGAUAAAAACUAA